AUGAACAACAGGCUAAGCGCUCCUUGAAAUGAAUUAAAUAUUAAUUCACGGAAAGACAUUUUUUCCCCGUUUCGCCUCUCACCGCCGACAGUCAUGGAGCGAGGCGGUCAGUAGCUCGUUGUCUCGCCGGGCUGCUCGGUCCUCGGUAGACUUGAAGGCCGAGAACGGCGCGCGGGGUGACAGCCCCGUUAAAGCCAACAGAUUGGGUGUUUAUCUGGUCGGUUAGCCACCUAGCUCGCUUCCUAGACAGCUGCGAGGGGAAGGAGAAACAACUGAAAGGAUAAUUUUGUCAAGGCAGAGCCGAGACUGUCGCUGUGUCCAAACUGCAGGGAUGGCACACCUUCACGGCAUGCAGAACCAGAACACCCGGCUGGACCCUGAGGAGUAUUUCACCAAGCAGGAACGAAUAGGAAAGGGUUCGUUUGGAGAGGUCUACAAAGGCAUCAACAACCGCACCAAGGAGGUGGUGGCCAUUAAAAUUAUUGACCUGGAGGAAGCAGAGGAUGAGAUAGAAGACAUCCAGCAGGAGAUCACAGUGUUGAGCCAGUGUGACAGUCCUUUUGUUACCAAGUAUUAUGGGUCAUACCUGAAGGGGACCAAGCUGUGGAUUAUUAUGGAGUAUUUAGGUGGAGGAUCUGCUCUAGAUCUGCUCCGUCCAGGACCUCUUGAAGAAACGUACAUUGCUACAAUCCUGAGAGAAAUCCUGAAAGGGCUGGAGUAUCUGCACUCUGAGAGGAAGAUUCACAGAGAUAUCAAAGCUGCCAAUGUGCUCUUGUCAGAGCAAGGUGAUGUGAAACUUGCAGACUUCGGGGUGGCAGGACAGCUGACUGAUACACAGAUCAAGAGAAAUACAUUUGUUGGCACUCCUUUCUGGAUGGCUCCAGAGGUUAUUAAACAGUCGGCCUAUGACUUCAAGGCUGAUAUCUGGUCUCUGGGUAUAACUGCCAUCGAGCUGGCCAAAGGGGAACCGCCCAACUCUGACCUACACCCCAUGAGGGUUCUGUUCCUCAUCCCCAAAAACCCUCCACCCACAUUGGAAGGUCCCUAUAGCAAACCCUUUAAAGAGUUUGUGGAAGCCUGUCUAAACAAAGACCCACGUUUUAGGCCGACCGCCAAAGAGCUCCUGAAGCACAAGUUCAUCACACGCUACACCAAGAAGACAGCCUACCUGACGGAGCUGAUAGACCGCUACCGCCGCUGGAAAUCUGAGGGGCACGGGGAGGAAUCUAGCUCGGACGAUUCAGAUAUAGAUGUUGAUAAUGAUGUAGACCAAUGUUCCCCGUGGACCUUCCCCACAGUCAAACCCUCCACUCUGAGCCAGUUACAGCAGACCUACACCCCCACAGAUUCAGAGUCAGGAGAUUCUAUGAAACGACAGCCGAAGUCUCAGUGCUUGUCUGCUUUGAUCACACCUAUCUUCAGAGAGCUGAAGGACAAGCGCAGGACUAAUGGUGGAGGAGUGGGAGCCAUCGAGGAGCUGGAGAACGCCUUCAGCCUGGCUGAGGAGUCCUGUCCAGGCAUCUCUGAUCGUCUCGUCACACACAUGAUGGAGAGAGUGUGCAGGUUUACAUUAAACGGUAACACGGCUCCAUCUUCACGAUGAAACUCCAGCUGGAUGUAAUGUGACCUCCAUCCCUCACCUUCUUUUUGUCUCGGAUAAAAACCACCAACUAAAUCCACGUCCWCCCUCCUCCACCACUGCCAUCUGUCCCCAUCCUGUCCCCGCAGAGAUCUUUUAAUUAGUUAUGAUUAAAUAUUUUUACAGUUUUUCUUUAAAAUGGAGAGUAUUUAAGACAAAAUGCCAUGACAUUUAGAGCAUUGUGUAUACCUGUUAGUGAGAAGAAAACUGAUAUAAUAAAGUCUAUGAAAAAAGAUUGA